AUCGAUAGUACCUUUGAUGGUUUGACACCUAUAUUUUUGUCCCAUUUUCUUUAAAAUUAUAUUUUUUCUAUUAAAAUAGCUGUAAAAUGUCUAUCGCCAAGCGUGUGCAGCAAUGGGCAACAUUUGCACGAACCUGGCACAUUUACGAUUGCACCUGGCAAAAUCCUUUUGAGUCCGCUGCACUGGUUAAAACACAUCUGAUGGGGCUGCACAAGCCCAUAUACCAUCCCAUGAUCUCCAAACGCGGCUUUUGCACGACACACCUACAGCACCUACAGCAGCUGCAGCGCCCGCUCCACCAGUCACAACUUUGUCCAAUUUAUCAACUCCAAAAACGCAAUAUGGGCCGCCUGGGUACUGUGGAUCCUAGCUCCUACUCGCAGCCUGAUUUGAUUACCACGGAGCACAGUGUCCUUAACUGGAAGGUGGACUUCGAUGCCACCAAACUGCAGGGCAGUGUGGUGCAUCGCUUCAAUGUGCUGUCCAACAAUUUGGAGAAGAUUCUCCUGGAUGUGCGCGACAUCAAUGUGACCAAUGCCACGUUGCUGGCUGGAGGCACUGAGCUGCCCAUCAAUUACUUCAUCAGCGAUCCCGUGGAUAAUAUUGGACAAAAGCUAACACUGGAGUUGCCAGCCGGCACGGCUAAGGGCAGCCUCAAUGUUCGCAUCGAUUACGAGACCUCAAGCAGUGCCAGCGGCCUGCAGUGGCUGAAUCCCACCCAGACCCUGGGCAAGGAGCAUCCCUAUAUGUUCUCCCAGUGCCAGGCCAUACACGCCCGCUCUGUGGUGCCCUGCCAGGAUACGCCGGCGGUGAAGUUCACCUACGAUGCUGUGAUCGAGCAUCCCACCGAGCUGACUGCCCUGAUGAGCGCCAUAAUUGACAAGAAGCAGCCCGGCAAGACACACUUCAAGCAGGAGGUGCCCAUACCCGCCUAUCUCGUGGCCAUUGCCAUUGGCAAGCUGGUCUCCCGUCCGCUGGGCGAUAACUCCAAUGUGUGGGCCGAAGAAGCCAUUGUGGAUGCCUGUGCCGAGGAGUUUUCCGAAACGGCCACCAUGCUGAAGACCGCCUCGGAUCUGUGCGGUCCCUAUGUGUGGAAGCAGUACGAUUUGCUGGUAAUGCCACCGUCAUUCCCCUUCGGUGGCAUGGAGAAUCCAUGCCUCACGUUUGUCACACCCACUCUGCUGGCGGGCGACAAAUCGCUGGCCGAUGUCGUGGCCCAUGAGAUUGCACACAGCUGGACGGGCAAUUUGGUGACCAACAAGAACUUUGAGCACUUCUGGCUCAACGAAGGCUUCACCGUGUUCGUGGAGUCCAAGAUUGUGGGACGCAUGCAGGGUGCCAAGGAGCUGGACUUUAAGAUGCUCAGCAAUCUGACCGAUUUGCAGGAGUGUUUGCGCACUCAACUCUCUGGCACACCAGAGCUUACCAAAUUGGUCGUGGAUCUGUCAAACUGUGGACCCGAUGAUGCCUUCUCCUCAGUGCCUUACUAUAAGGGUUCCACAUUCCUGCGCUAUCUGGAGGAUUUGUUUGGCGGACCAACUGUCUUUGAGCCAUUCCUGCGGGACUACCUGAAGAAAUAUGCCUACAAAUCGAUCGAGACCAAUGACUUUAAGAGUGCCUUGUAUGAUUACUUCAAGGAUACGGACAAAAAGGAUCAACUGAGUGUGGUGGACUGGGAUCUGUGGCUAUCCUGUGAGGGCAUGCCCCCCAUUAUACCCAAAUUCGAUGAAACUCUGGCCAAUGUCACCACCGGUCUGGCCAAAUUGUGGAGCAACGACACAGUCUCCAAAUUGGUAGACAACAAGGACAUCAAGCAGACCAUUUCCAUCCAUCAACUGCUCGACUUCCUGGGCAAACUGAUCGAAUCGAAGGACAUUGUUGAGUUGAACGAAAGUAAGAUUGAACUGCUCGAGUCCACCUACAAUCUGAAGCAGUCGAAGAAUGCUGAAGUGCGCUUCCGCCUGAAUCGGUUGAUCAUCCGUGCCCGCCUGCUCAACCGUCUGGACGAGAUCAUUGAAUUUGCCAACUCCAAUUUCCGCAUGAAGUUCUGCCGCCCCAUCUACCGCGAUCUGGCUGGCUGGCCCGAGGCCAAGCCUGCGGCCAUUCGCAACUUUGUCAAAGUCAAGGAUCAGAUGAUGGCCGUCUGCUCGCACGCCAUCGAAAAGGACUUGGGAUUGAAGUAAAUUUAAGUCUGAAUUUUAUGCAUUUGCGAGAUCUGUUAACUGAAUAUGAAAUUUUUUGUGCACUCG